GGCUCCAGGAUGCACGCAGCCUCUUUCACUUUCGUUUCUGCCUGCUGAGAGUUUGCUAUCAUCUUCCCUCUUUGAUAAGCACUUUGCUGGCCGGUUUCACAAGCAGAGGCGCUGGCCCCGAGCUGCUGAGCCAGGCAGCCCCACAGCACAGGUCUGGGAGCCUGCGGCGGAGCCAGAGGAGAUGCCCAAGUUCACCUUUUGUGAGAGGAGGGAGUUUGGGAAUCAGUUUGUGCAGCUCCUAAAAGACACAGGCAGAGAAGCUGUGAGCAGCCGGGAGGCACUGAGGACCAUCUACAGUGCGGAGUUCAGGACCAGGAAUGAUACGAAGACGCCCAACUUCUCCUCCGUCCUGUUCACACUGAGACAGAGCGGCCGGGCCGAGGUGUGGGGAGACUUUGUGCGCUUCGGGAAGGUGAAAAAGAAAAUGAAGUUUAGAGAUCAGUACUGGAAACCCAGGCCAGAGGAGCCCCGCACGGACAACCAGCAGGAGGGCACCGAUCAGCCUCCCCCCAGAGGACGCGCCAAGGAGAGAGCGGAGUUCAUCGGUGGGAAACACGGGGUGGAGAUUCUCUCCGAGCACGACCGGGGGAAGGGGCGCAUCCGCUUCCCCGUCACGCCCAACGAGCCCGCAACAGCCAGCAUUUGGGUUCAGAACAACGGCACAGAGGAAGUGACGCUGCUAGGGUACAGGGCGCUUCGGAAGCAGCGCGAGAUCACCUUCCACGAUGAGAGCAAGGUGACCAGACAGCAGCCCCGGGUGUUGCAGCCAGGAGACUCUUACUUGAUCGAGGCGCGGUGCCUGACUCAGCACUAUGGUUACUUCUCCGUCACCGUGCUGUUCGAGUUCACCAAGGAGCAGGACGGGCCCUUCAGCAUUGGGCGGUUCGUGUCAGCCAUAGCUAACAGCCGGCUGGCUGAGGAGCUGGGGCCCACUGCACCAUACAGGUCUUACCAGACCAAGCUGAGGAAGACAGUCACAGUCACCACAGAGGAUGGCGUCCCUCCCGACAGCUCCCAGCCCCUCGAGCUUGAGCAGCUGAUCCCGCUGGGCCGCUACAACUACCCGGAGGACCUGCAGGACAUGGUGCACGCCGAACGCAGCAGGCUGCGGAAGUCCCUGGCGGCCGAGCUUCAGUUUGAGAACUACCAGGAGAAGUUCCAGCUGCUGCUGCACCUGGAGGAGCUCCAGAUGGAGGUGGACAUCCGGCGCUAUGAUAUGCGGGACGUCCCGAUGGUGAAGGACACUCAGAACAAGAGGCUGCUCAUCCUGGAGGCCCCUGGCGUGGCAGAGAACCGCCCGUCCGUGCUGAAGGGCGAUCACCUGUUUGUCACCCGGAGUGAGCAGCGCGACUUGCCCCAGCUCAUCCAGUACAAGGGCUACGUGCACGCCGUGGAGCUCGAGAGGGUCAAGCUGGGCUUCUCCCCCAACCUGCUGGCGAGCUUCGUGAAUAACCUGAAGUUCGAUGUGACCUUUACCUUCAACCGGCUGCCGCUGCAGGUGCAGCACCGGGCCGUGGAGCUGGCCAAGAAGAGGAACUUGGGCAACAUCCUCUUCCCAUCCUUCUCGUACAGAGAGUCCCUCCUCCACGAGGGAGGCCGGCUCAGGCUGUUUGACCGGAGCCUGGAGACCAACCAGGAGCAGUACGAUGCUGUGCAGCAGAUUGUGACAGGGAUGUCCAGGCCGGCACCAUACAUCAUCUUCGGGCCGCCAGGGACCGGCAAGACCGUCACUGUGGUGGAGGCUAUCAAACAGGUGGUCACGUGCAUCAAGGACUCCCAUGUCUUGGCCUGUGCACCGUCCAACAGCGCCUCGGACCUGCUCUGCCAGCGCCUGCUGAAACACCUGGACAAGGGCAGCAUCUAUAGGAUCAACGCCAUCAGCAGGGACUAUCGCCAGGUGCCGGAGGAGAUCAAGCCCUGCUGUAACUGGGACGAUGCCCAGCAGUGCCACGUGUACCCAAGCAAGGAGAAGCUGCGGCACUACCGGGUCAUCAUCACCACCCUGGUGACAGCAGGACGGCUGGUAACGGCCCGCUUCCCUGACGGCCAUUUCUCCCAUGUCUUCGUCGACGAGAGCGGCCACGCGGUGGAGCCAGAGUGCCUGGUUGCCAUCGCAGGAAUUCUGACACCGAUGGACCGGGAGACCAACGCCAACGGGGGGCAGCUGGUGUUGGCGGGAGACCCCAAGCAGCUGGGUCCGGUCCUGAGGUCCCCACUGGCCAUCGAUCACGGGCUAGAGGUCUCGCUGCUGGAGAGGCUUAUGAUGCACAACUCCCUGUAUCAAAAGGGAGCCGAGAGCUACAACCCGCAGUUCGUCACCAAGUUACUGCGGAACUACAGGUCCCACGCCGCCCUCCUUGAGAUCCCCAACCAGCAGUUCUACGACGGGGAGCUGCAGGAGUGCGCCGACCACCUCAUCAGCUAUUCCUACUGCACCUGGGAGGAGCUGCCUACGCAGGGCUUCCCGAUCAUCUUCCACGGAGUGUCCGGGGAGGACCAGCGAGAGGGUAACAGCCCCUCGUUCUUCAACGCGUUGGAGAUCGAAGCCCUGGUCACCUACCUCAAGAAACUGCUGCAGAGUCAGGGCAAGCGAGGCCGCUCCAGGAUCUCCCCCAAGGAGAUCGGUAUCAUCUCCCCCUACAGGAAGCAGGUAGAGAAGAUCAGACAAGCCAUCACCAAAAAGGACCGAGACCUGAUGAACCUCCCAGACAUCAAGGAGCUGAAGGUGGGCUCCAUAGAGGAGUUCCAGGGCCAGGAGCGGCGUGUGGUCCUCAUCUCCACCGUGCGCAGCUGCACCGAGUACCUCAGCGUGGACGAAGAUUUCAAACUGGGCUUCCUCAAGAACCCCAAGAGGUUCAAUGUGGCCAUCACCAGAGCCAAGGCUCUGUUAAUAAUCGUGGGCAACCCGGCCGUGCUCAGCAAGGAUCCUCACUGGAACACGUUUCUCAGGUACUGUAUAGCGAAGGGUGGGUACACGGGGUGCCCCUACGCUGAAGAGAGCACGGAAGAGGAUUCCCUUGUGGAGGAGCUUAGCUCCCUUCGCUUGAGCACGCAGUCAGCAGGGAACCAGCUCGGGGAGAGCCACAUCCAGCAGCAAAUGGAGCCAGCGUGGAGACACGAGCACUGAGACAGCACCUGCAGCUCAUCCUACUGCCAUGUCAGCACCAGCAGGGCGUUUCCUCCCACACUCAGCAACCGCUCUUUGUCUGGUCCCCUCAGCCACCUCGCUCGCUGCCAGGGGCUUUCCAAGCGCACCAGGGCGGGACAGCAGAGGGGAACGGUGCAGGGACUGAACUGGGGGUGUAGCCCCGACUCUAUCCACUAUCCCAACGCCCACCUCUCACAUGGACCCAGCCCCGUCACCUCUGCCCUAGUCUGGUCUAUGUAGGCGCCUCUCUGUAGGAUCUGUCCCAGCUCUGGGGCCCGCUCGCUAAUCUGAGCCAGUGCGAUUGUGUAACUCUUGGAAGCACAAGGGCAGCUUGACACGGAAACUGCUCUGCCUGGCCGUGUGAGGGGUUUGCACCCUCUCUCCCCGUCCCCUCUCUGCCCGUUGUAGGGAAGGGGACCCGCAGCAGGAAGCCCUGCCUGUUUGCCAGCAUUGCCACACAAUGGUUUAAACAACGAUUUUACAUCCAAUUUUUGGGAAAAGACUCAAAAAAAAAAAUUCCCACUGCGUGCAAACCUGACUGGCCCGAACCGACACUGCAGAAACCAGCCCUCACAGCGACGCUGCGACGGGGCCGCAACCUCCACCUUGGAUCACGUUUUCCACACGUGGAAACCUGCUUUUGAAAAUAAAAUCAUUGUUAUAAAAUUCCCAGCUACUGGUCCACCGAACGCUCUCCUCCAAGCUGGAGCCGUUUCCAGAGCCCAGCUGCAGGGCCUGGAGCUGCUGCUGAGUGGCUGGCUGCAGCCCCGCUCAGGUGUUGCUGUGAUGUUGAGUAACUGCUGGUUCGCACGUGGGGACCAGCGGGGCUGUAGCUCCCUGGCCAACAGGCCCCGUGCACCGCCCUGCAGGCGAGCUGUUCGAUGGUGCUCCAAAACACAGGGUGAGAGGAAAACACUGGUGCUUGUCUGUACAGCUCUAAAGCUGCCUCGGCUGUCCCUGGGCAGCUGGGCACUGCUCCCAGGGGAGCCGGAUUUGCAUGCGGAGCACAAUGCUGCUGGCAGAAGCCAAGGCAGGGGGCAGCUCUGGGCAUUGUUUACAGGGGAGCGAUAAUACCAAGCUGGGGAAGGGGCAAGUAUGUUCCCCCUUCCUGGAGCCACACAUGAAUCUCUAAAGAAGCUUAGGAGAUAAACCUGGCCUCAUGGCAGGGGCAGAGUUAAGGUAGGCAGGAGUCACGUCACCGGGGUGUGUUCAAUGUUCCCUUCCCGGCAUUGUCUCAGCCUGAGAGAGAAUCUCUCAGCCUCCCUCCCGCUCAGCUGCAGUUCGCGCUCUGUCUGGGGCUGAGCCCGCUGCUCUUUGCGCCAUUCACAGCCCCAUAACUCAGCCAGUGAAUUAUGGGAGCAGCUGGUGCAGGGGUAGCUCGGGCCACUGAAUGAGGCACCACCAGCUGAGCCCAGCCUCUUCCCUUGCUGGUUGAUUGCCUGCCAGGCAGACACAAAGCGGGAAGGGGAAGUGUUUUCCUUACGCAGGGCUGGGCUCUGGUGCAUCUCCUGGCUUUUCUCUAGCCCAGGCCCUGGCUCUCGGCCGAACACGCAUACCGUCCGUCGGCUGGAGCUAGUCGGGUGAGGGAGUUCAGAGCCUGGUCGGGGAUUCCCAGACAGCCUGGCUACAACGCUCUUCUGGGGCUCAGCUGGAACCCAAAGCCUUUAUCUUGGGAGCGUGUUAGGAAGAAGGAAUUGAAGUGGCAGUAAGGGGAAGGGGCACUGGUUUUCCAGCAGCUUGUGUGUAAUGAUGGGCUGGUCACAGCACUUCCCUGUCUGCAACUGGAGCAGUCCCACUUGUUAGAGGACAACCAUGCUGACUGCAGCACCGGGUGUCAAGCAUCAAGGCUCAUUAGCCCUCCAAUUCAGUGUCACUCAUGGCUAGUGCCAUGUGGCCAGUGACUUGUAAAAGGAGAAGGCGCCUGAAAAGGGAAAGGCCUGUCUGCUGCAGUCGGAUGUAACUGCAGCACGUGUAGCCGUAGCUGAGCUAGCAGGGUACCGACAGUAGGGACUUCAGCAUGGCCCAUACCAGCCCACCUUGGGUCCCGCUGGCAGCGAGCCCCACUGCAGUCUGCUGCAAUUGGCUCCAGUCUGGUCACCGCUGCUCUCACAGCUCCAGUUCAGCAGUGUGGGGAGACCCUUGCUGGUAAGAGGCUUUGGCUCAUGGGAGGUUUAUGUUGAGAGCAGCAGUUAUGGAGCACAUGGUCUUUCCUUGGCUCACCAAAGGCUAGAAACGUGCUGCUAAGACCCUGUCAAGUGCUGCUCUGUGGGAACAGGCACCCAAACCAGAGGGGGAUGGGCAGUCAGGGUCAUCUCAGACAGUUCACAAAUAAUUAGCCCCCAGAUGGGCAGGGGAGGCUAUUUGAGAUUAACCCAGCGCUGAUGGCAUUCACCAGUGCAGCAGACACACAAAGGUAUCAGGUUUGCCUUACACUAGGCAUUUGUAUUGCUUUCUGUCCCCACUCCUGCUGGCCACAAACAGGACAGGGCACCAGAAAGGGCUGUACUGUUCCCCAAGCCGUUUUUUGGGCACAAUGCAAUGUGGUAUUUCUUCAUUUCAAACAUCCCCCUUCUCUCUGAUCAGGAGUUUGUCCUCUCUCCUCCCUCUGCUGCCCGAAAAUCCCGUCAAAGAUCCCCUACUCUAAACCUGAGCUCUUCCAAACAUCCAGGCUCAUGAUGAAAGCAGGCGACAGCAUCAGGAUGCUCCAGGUCUGUUUGCACAGCCUGUGCAUUUGCUCCCCCUCCUCGGUGUCAGGGAGCUAAGUGGCAUUUCUAGAGUGUACAGAACAUUCCAAGAGCGGGUUUCAAUCAGAAAAUGCCAUUUUACAAAAACAAAACUGGCUGCGGGAAUGCAGCUGCUGGUGAAAUUGUAUUUAGAAAAUGUCAGAAUGAAGUGUUGUGAUGGUGCCAAAAAUGUCCCAACUGACAUCAAAAUGUAACUGCUCAUUUUUUAAUAAAUCACUUUUUUAAACCAA